UAAACUCCUGAGCCUUGUAUGAAAUAUAACCCAGAGGCUACAUGCAGUGCUACAUUCACACAGAUCCAGAGGUGCCGGGGGGCCUGGUCUGGCGCUUACCCAGUCUGCUGUGCACCCUUUUGGGCAUGGAGAUUCAGCAAGGGUCCUUAAGAAGCUGUUCUGGCUCUUUAGGGAGUGGAGCAUGCCGCAUGCGAAUAGAGAGGAGCUGAGAACAGCAGCAUGUGUGCUCACGGAGUGCAGGGUUCGAGCAGUGCCUGUGGGUGCCUCCAGAGAGCCUUGUCUCCGCGAGCGUGCUCACAUCACUGAUGCCGUCCUAAAUCUGCCGGAGGACGUGCACAGCAUCAAGAACGCUCUGAUUACGGUCAAAAAGCAAACUUGACGGUGGCGUCUCCGCUCUCUCUGGAGCCAGGCUAGACAGUGAAGAGGCUAGCGAGGAGAUUCGUACCACCGCUGCACCUCGGGAUAAACUAGUCCAUCCAUUAGCACCUUGUCAAGACCUCUGCGCCCCUCAGCAGAGUGGCGGGCAGUACCCCUCCAACAUCACCCCCUCAGAGAACCAGGAGCCCAGUGUACUGCAAAGCGCCCCAAACACCACGGCAGACGGCUGUGCUUCGCGAGAGGGACAGCCGAGCCCACACAGCCCAGAGGGGAUGUGCAACGAAAGCGUGGUUGUGUCACAAACAGGAAAAGGCAAAAGUGGGUAGAGGAAGACAUUCGGAAACGACAAAUGAUACCCAGGGACCCUCACACAGGCAGGAGAGGACGAUGGAGGUGGGGAGAGGGUAUAAGCUGGAGCACACUUGGUUUACCGGACCCGUCCAGCACGUCCUCCAGCGCCCCACUGCACCUUGCAAAGCUCGUCACCUGUAAAGUGGCGGACGGCCUCGGCUCUCUCACGGUGUCCGGAUCAGAGGAGCUUGCGAGUGUCCUCGGGAUUGAGAUUUCCAGCAGCACCACGCAUCCCUUCCCACUUACCGUAGCUUUGCCUUUUCGGCUGUGCCGCCACAGCCGCUACCGUGAGGCCACAGUGAAGGUAGUAGACCGAGAGCAGCAGGUCAGCUAUGUUACACCAGCCGCCACGGAGGGCAUCUAUGGGGUUCACAGGGGUUCUUUUGUAGUGGUGCGGGUGCACACUCUGGGUGUGUUUGCGGUGGUCUUUCGUUUGCAGAAGGAGAUAUUGACCAUCCCAAAGAGAGGUCUGUCUCUCGGUCUUCGCAUGGACCCCACAAUAGGCUUGGACUACCUACGUGGAUCUUUCACCACAUCAGUGGUCGCCCAAGUUAAGGUGUAGCCAGUAGCCACAACACUCCUUUCCACGCUGAAGUGCAGGAAUGAGUCGUACCUGUCCAUCAACACCAGCCCCCUACCUUACCUGAGUCACCCUUCAACCCUAAACCCGAGACAGCCUUUGACCCUACCUCUGCCCCCUAACCCUAGGAGGGCAGGCGAGGAGGGUGCCCACCUGACGCCCAUCACCCUCUCGCCCCAUCGGGUCAGGGUUUGGAGUGCUUCACUGAAGUCAUCCAAAGAGUUGGCUAAAGAGCAGCUGGCUGUACUGCGUUGGAGAGAUGAGCAGUGGAAUGUACUAGAUAAAGUCAGCGUGAGGAACCUGCAAAAUAGCCUGGUCUCAUUUGAGGUCAUGGAGAACUAUGAGCGUUUGGUAGUCCUUCAUCUGCUCUCCUCCACAAGACCUCCCUACUUGUCUCUCUUUGCUAAAGAGCUGGAGGAGUCAGUGAAGAUGCGUGAGGUUACCGUAGUCCUCCAUAUGAGGCGACAGGACCCAGGCAAGGUGGUGCUGGCAAGGCUGCAGGAUGCAGAAGUCCAGGCCCAGGGUUACUGCGGGCCUCCUGAGCCCUCUCCCGGAAUCUCCAUGAGGGAGGGGGAGCAGCUGCUGCUCAGAUUCAGUGGGAACACAACCAGCACAGGAGACCAGGACAGAGUGCCUCACACCAUCACGUUUCACAACCAGAGGAGAAACACUCUCUAUCUCCAGCUAGAAGAGCUGGACCCCUUUGGAAACUACAGCUCACCUCAUUAUAAAGGCACAGCCGUCCUAUUCAGGGUCCCCAGACAUCAGCUCGUGUGGAGAGGAGACAGAGCAGUCAUAUCUGAAGAUUACAGCUCGGAGGAACCUGUCUGCAAGCUGUCGCUCACUCUUCCAAAGCUGUCUGAGGAGGACGCCGCCCUGCUGGCCACGCAUCUCCGCCUGCACCGCUCGGCCGUCCAGCUGGCGUGCCUCCGCCCGGACAGCCUCGCCCUGCAGGCCUUCCACGUGCUGGCCGCCUGGCGCUGGACCCUGCCCUCCUCUGUGGCGAAGCGGCCCUUACUCGCCCGCAGCCUGGGGCGCAGAGGAGAGGUGUGGGAGAGCCGCUGGGCACGACUGAGGAGCCCCGUUUCAGAACAAGGCGCCGUGACAAGAUGA